UUUCUAGUUAGGUUUUAGUUCGUUGGACGGAUCGAUGACCAACUGUUUAUUUUAGUAGAUCUAUAUAUAUCAUCUGUGCUUGGUCAUCCAGUUUUUACCCGUUUGGAACUGCAAAUUGUAUAGGAAUAUUUGGCUCUGAUGCGACCUGUCCUCGUUUCACCAUGUUCUUGAAUUAAAAAACUGGCGGCUCUUUCUCUGACUGCAGAUGCCUAACCGAAAUUGUUUCUUGUAGUGGAUCUGCGCUUCAUACAAAUGUGCAGACUUGCAUGAUGGAGACUGCAGAGGCUCGACCUUGGUCAGAUCUUCAGCCAGAACUCCUCGGCCUUAUCCUCAGGCGUCUCCCUUCCAUAGCUGACCGUGUUCGGCUGAGAGAGGUCUGUCACCCGUGGCGCCCUAAUAGUCUGCUGCAGUCCCUUCCCCUCCCAUUCCCGUGGCUUACCCUCCCCGACGGCACCUUCCUCAACAUUCCAGGUGGUGAAAUUCACCACAUGCCUGUACACGUCGGUGCUUGUUGCUGCGGCUCAAUUGAUGACUGGCUAUUCCUCAUGAGCAGUGAUGGUGGGUGUUCAUUGGUCAACCCUUUCUCUAAGACCACGUUAAAGAUUCCUGAGCUAGCCGAAGUAUGGAAGCGUAAGAUAUCUAAUCCCAACUCUUGCAUCAGUCCAGUUUCCUAUAAGUUGGUGGUGCCCUCGCCCCUGGACUCAGCACCGGAUUCCCUUGUUGCUGCACUGAUUAUGGAUGAUGACAACUGUGCUACACUUUGUAUUAGUCAGCCACCGAUUGCCACUGACUCGUUCAGACAUGAUAAGGUUCCAGCACUUCAGAUUGAGGAUGUUGCAUUCUUUGAUGGAAAGUUGUACGCAUUGUGUGGGUUUGGCAAACUCUGCAUCGUUGAGUUGGGCAAUGACCUUUGUAUUACAUCCACUGAAUGCAUAAUUCACUCUUUGUACGAGUUAGGUGGAAUUCCUAAAUCCUUGCCCAAGGUGGACAAAAGGGGCUAUACAUUAGGGGUGUAUCUAGUUGAAUGUGGUGGUAGACUGUUGAUUGUGAAACGUUGGUUUGAGUCCUUACAUGGUCCCGUAAGUGACUAUGUAUUUGGAUAUGAUCAUACUGUUGCAUUUGAAGUCUUUGAAGCAGACUUGAGCACCAACCCUGGUCGAUGGAGAAGGGUCAGUGAGUUGGGUGGCCAUGCACUCUUUCUUGGCCAACAUGCUUCCAAGUCCCUACCUGCUACAGAUUGCAGUGGAUUGCAACUACUUCAUAGCUGACUAUUUGGGUCUGCCAUGCUCUGUGAAUCCUCUUCUUGACUCCGGUGUGUACAACAUGAGGAAUGAAAAGAUCACUCCAUUGAUGGGACAGACUGCAGCAGCUCCGCCAGAACGUGUUGGGCAGUGGCGACCAGCAUGGUUUCCCCCCCCCCCUGAAACUGUAUGAUUAACCCAGUAGGGUUUUUUUUUUCUGUUGUCUUGGAGGUUCUUUGCUUGCCUAACUCGAUCUACUUAGGCAGUGUGAUCAAACCAACCUCGGAACUGGUUAUCUUUAUAUUUAUCGUGGGACUUAAGUUAAUUAGUAUGUUGA